CUGUGGUGGUCUGCCUGGAGAACCUAUGAAGAAGAAUUUCAUGAUCAAUUAAAAGUCAUGGGUGCUGUGUCUAAACAAGCUGCAAAGGAUUUGGUAUGGUACCCUGCACAAAACUGGUGCAGGGCUUAUUUUGACACAGUCUGCAAAAAUCACUCAUGUGAGAAUAAUUUUACCGAGUCAUUCAACAAAUGGAUUCUAGAAGCAAGGGCAAAACCUAUAAUCAAGAUGUUAGAAAAUAUUAGAAUCAAGCUUCAAAGAUCAAAACAACCAGCCCAAGAUGUGCCAAUGUCAGCACCCCAAGCCAGUCAAGAAGAAUCUGGUAGUGUCUUCAUGCCUACUCCUGGCUUUAUUGCUUCUUCAAGUCAACAGAGUAGCCAACCUGCUGGUCCUUCAAAUUCAAAGAAAAUUGAAAAGAAACCUACUGGACCUUCAAAGUCAAAGAGAAAAAUAGUUGCUGAUGAAUCUGAGGAUGAGCAACAUGUUGCACCUUCAAGUGCAGUUGCUGAUGAGGAUAGAGGUGAGCAUGAAAGUGAAGACGAGCAGAUAAUUCUAAGGCCGAAGGCAAUUUCUGAAGCUAGGACUAGGCUUCAAGCUAAAAAGAUACAGAUUCAACAAACAGGUACUAGGAGGAUUGGCUUCAAAGGAGAUGACAAUGGUGUGAGCAUUCCAACUAAUCUGCCAUACUCAGAAAGAAAAUUGGCAUGGAAGGAAAAGAAACUAUGA